GAUAACAGGUUUAUGUUCUGUGGUUUUUAUUUUCAUUUUAUUAUUUUAUUUGGCAUAUUUUGUUUUCCUUCAAAAAUAUUACCAUUUAUUUUUAUUGAUAAUGGUAGUGAAUCUCUUUUGAAAUAUUUUUGAAUACCCAAAUUAUAAUUUAUUUCAACUCUUGAAAUUGAAUUGAAUUGAAAGUUCUCUGUUACAAUCUUCAUACUUUUGUUUUUGGAACCUGAGAAAUAAUGGCAUCAAAAAGAAGAAAUAGAACUGCAGAUCCUUCGACGAAGACAGGUCAGCUUCUGCAAACUAUGGAAGUAAAUGGAAAUGUGUUUUUUCCUUGUGAAAUAUGUAAUAGACUUUUCAGAAGAGAAAUUGAAGCAUUAGAACAUUUCCAAAUCUGUAAACCUAUUGAUAAUUCAAAUAGGUCAAUGACGGAUGAAGUAAAUAAAACAAUCAAUAAAUCCAAAAAAACUAGAGGAAACAAAAAAUGCAAAAGAAAUCCUCUUACACUUAGGAAAAAGGCUAAUGAAGAUAUACCCAAACAAGUUAGAAGUAUAGUUAAAUCAUGCAAUAAUUACAGAUCAGUGCCAAAGAAAAGAAGUAUUAAAGAUGUUGAGAGUAAUGUAGAACUUAAUAAUAUUACCAAUAAAAAUGGUGUAGUUGAAAAUAAAAGAAAAGGAAAUAGUAAGCGUAAAAAAAAUGAGAUGCAGAUUAAGGAGAUAGCUGCACUGCCCAAAAAAAGAGGCAAAAAACUUAGUGAAGAAGAAAUUGCAGAAAGACUGAAAAAUAUAUCUGAAAAAUUGAAAAAAAAAGUUGAAGUUAAAAUUCCCCUUGAAGAUGAAGAGGAAGAAGAAAGAAGAGAAAUUGAAGAUAAAUUAACUGCAUUGAAUAAAGAUAGUGAAAGUGCAUACUUUGAUGACUAUCCAGAUUUUGAUGAUAGGUUUAACGAUCAAGAUGAAACAUGCACAUCUGAAUCAAAGGAUUCUGGAGAAUCAUUGGUGACAGAUAAAAGAAUUGAAAAUGAACAUGGUGUUUCAAACUCCAUAUCAUCAAAUGCAUUAAGACAUUCAAAUACAUCUGAGAAGUCUUCAGGAAUUAUUAUAGUUACUCAGAGACCAGAUGGCCAACUGCAUGGUUGUCCAAAAUGCUCUGAAGUCUUUGUAAGUGAACUGGAACUCUUCAGGCAUAAAAGAGCAAAACACACUUCCCCCAAAAUAAUUAUGGCGCCAGAUGAAAUUAAGAAAUUUUAUAAUGUCUCUGAUAGGUCACAGUGUCCAAUUUGCAAAAAAACUCUAUCCUCUCAGAACAAGUCAAUCUACAUAAAGCAUUUGCAGUCUCAUUCCUACAUCGGAGAGUUUGAAUGUCCCAUUUGUAAAAAGAAAUUCAAAAGGAAGGACCAUAUGAGAAUACAUGAGAAACGGCAUAUCAUAUUGUGUUGAACUUGAUUUUUCUAAUCAAAAUUGUCCUAAGGAGCAAAAAAUGAUGAUGAAGGUAUACAAAUCUGUUUUAGUCCUAAGUGUUAGUAAUUUCGAUUUACAGUGUGUUGAGAAUUAUUUGUUUUGGGAGACUAUUAUGAAUUUUCAUAGUUACAGAUGUUUUAUACAUGAAUAGAACAUUUAAAAUUAUUCCAUAUUUGACCAAAAUUGUGCCUUGAAAUAGCAUGUGAAAUUGUUGACAAAAUAUUUUUUUACUUGAAAUAUUCUUUAAAAUAUAUACUUAAUCAAG